UGAAAAGUACUAAAUAUCCCAUAACGCGUUGAGUUUUUUUUAAUGUACGUGUCCAAAUUCGAGGCGAGCAUGGGUACAAAUUGUGUUAUUUAUCUGGCGUUAUUUGCAUUGCUUUGUAUAUACAAAGGAAAUGCGGAGAUAGUUAACACAAAUGUGGAAAGAACGCUGGACCUCACUUCGCAACUGGUGAAAACCACAACCAAAAUCUCGGCGGAAGACACAGCCGGCAAACCGAUUGCAGAGUACGUGUUUUUCUCUUCGGAACCAAGUCUUGCUUAUAUUUCGGUUAAAGAUAAUGCCGACAAGAAUGUCCAGGUCAAGAAGAAUGAAGCGGCGAAGGGAGAGCACAGCUUUACACUGACAUUCCCCAAGGCCUCCGCCAAACAGACAUUCCUGGUCGAAACUGUUGCCUCUAAGAGCGUUCUGCCGCAUCCCGAGGAAAUCAGACAGAAUGACAAACAGUUUGUAAAAUAUGUGGGCAACCUGCAUCUGUACUCAAAGUACAAGACCAACAGCCAGAAAACCAAUGUAAAGUUGAGCUCCUCGAAUAUCUUAUCGCACACCCAAGUCAAGCCUUUUUCGGUGUCCUCUAAUAAGAUCACUUUGGGUCCUUAUGAAAACGUCGAAGCCUUGAGCCAGGAGUCGCUGGUUAUUCACUUUGAGAACUCCUCACCUUUUGUCACCGUCAAUUAUUUGGAGCGUACUUUGGAGAUCUCUCAUUGGGGCAACAUUGCCGUCCAGGAAUCGAUCCAAAUGACUCACACCGGAGCCAAACUGAAGGGAUCAUUCUCGCGUUACGAUUUUCAGAAGGAAGGUCGCUCAGGACUAGCUGCCCUGAAAUCCUACAAAACAUACCUGCCGGCAUCUGCUUCUGGAGUCUAUUACCGCGAUACAAAUGGCAACAUUUCGACCUCCAACAUGAAUCCUGUUAGGGAUUUCAUUGAACUUGAGCUGCGACCACGCUUUCCGCUCUUUGGCGGCUGGAAGACACAGUACACCCUUGGAUACAAUGUACCCUCUUACGAGUACAUGUAUAACGAUGGUAACAAGUACCAGCUAAAAAUGCACUUGAUCGAUCACAUUUACGACAACAUGGCCAUCGAUGAAGCCACCAUUAAGAUUAUAUUGCCCGAGGGAUCGAGCGAUAUCAGGCUUUCGACGCCCUACUCGAUAAGCCGACUGCCCAACGAACUGGUUCACACCUACUUGGACACUACGGGUCGCCCUGUUGUUUCAUUCUCCAAGUCAAACUUAGUGGAAAGUCACAUUUCCGACUUUACCCUCUACUACAGCUUCUCGAAGAUUUCCAUGCUGCAGGAACCUCUGCUGGUUAGCGGCUUUAUUUAUAUCAUUUUCGUGUUCACCAUUGUCUUCUUACGUUUGGACUUUUCAAUUACCUCCCAUGCGCAUAAAGAAUAAGUAACUUAUAAUUUCUGCUUUGAAAAUAGUUAUUCUCAUCAUUAAACAAAAAGGAUGAAAAUGAUACAAAUAUUUUGCAAAAACUAACGAAACAAAUAAACAGCUUGCACUUGAUUGCAGGAAAUUAUCCUUAAAAGAGA